AUGACUCUUGACAAACACUCUGAACAUGCACCCUACUCUCCCGCUCGUUCCCAACCCGCACCUACCAUAAUGCCGACUGGUAAAACUUGGUGGUACUUCGACGAAGCCGCCUGUAACAGGUUCUUGAAAGACUACAAGACCCAGGUUGCUUCGGCCACUUCGACCGUCUGCGCGACGCUGGCUGUGACUCCCUUGGAGAAUGUUAAAACCCGCAUGCAGACUCACAACUUCCGCAAUGCCCUCGUUUGCGCGCGCUACCUUUGGCGUACUGAAGGUCCCCGUGGUUAUGUAGCUGGAGCUUUACCACCUCUCGCCAGUGUUACUGCGGUGCGUGUCUUGAACUUCUCGACCUACAAUGCUGCCAAACACCGCAUAUCUAGAUUUAUUGAGCGCACCACUGGCCAGUCUCCUUUGGAGCAGUACAAUCAGCCUGGCAGCUCUCCUACUUUGAUGACCCUUGGUACCUUUUUCUCCGCCGGUCUGAUUGCCGGUUUAAUCACCGCACCCUUGGCCUGCCCGUUCGAAUUGGCGAAGAACGUUGUCCAGACCUCGGUCUUGGUGUCCAACCGCGCGCAGGCCUCCCCCAAUGCUGUGGGCGAUCCUUCUUUGCGCAACAAGCCCCGUCUCGGCACCAUCGAAGCGAUCCGUCAGAUCGUGCAGCGCUAUGGAUUCCGUGGGUUGUACACCGGCUUCAAACUCCACACUCUGCGCGAUACUCUCGGAUCCGGUCUGUACUUCAGCGUUUACGAGACCGUCAAGCAGCUUGCCGCCAAGGAGCUUGGCCCUGACAAGUCUCCAUUCGGCGCUCCUAUGAUUGCCGGGGCGAUCUGUAGCACCGUGCCGUGGUUCUGCACCUAUCCGCUUGAUACCAGAAAGACUCGUGCGCAGAGCGUGCUGUUGGGAAAAACCUCGGAGGUGGGUGAAGCGUCGGCCGCCGUGGCCAAAUCCAGCAUGUACAAAGGUCUUUCGAUCAUUCUGAUCCGCACCGGUGUGAACAACAUGAUCCUGCUCAGCAUUUUUGAGUACAUCAAGAUGAGAAUCAACCAGCUUGACUGA